CCAGGCUGCGGGGAGCAGCUCCGCGCGGUCAUGGUGGCCCCGAUGUACCGCUCCCUCGGCGGCCGCCUCGUCCCCGCGCUGGUGCUGGCCCUGCUGAUCGAGCUGUUCCUGAGCGGCAUGGUGGGUGCGACACCGGCCCCGGGAAACCGCUGGGGGCAGGACGGGCCGGUCCCACCCGCCUCCCGCACCUCCUCGGUGCUCCUGGACGCCGCUGGCCAGCUGCGCUUGGUGGACGGCCGCCACCCUGAUGCCGUGGCCUGGGCCAACUUCACCAACGCCAUCCGCGAGACCGGGUGGGCCUUUCUGGAGCUGGGCACAGAUGGCCGCUACAACGACAGCCUGCAGGCCUAUGCAGCCGGCAUGGUGGAGGCUGCCGUGUCCGAAGAGCUCAUCUACAUGCACUGGAUGAACACGGUGGUGAACUACUGCGGCCCCUUCGAGUAUGAAGUCGGUUACUGUGAGAGGCUCAAGCACUUCCUGGAGGCCAACCUGGAGUGGAUGCAGCAGGAGAUGGAGUUGAACGAGGACUCCACAUACUGGCACCAGGUGCGGCUGACCCUCCUGCAGCUGAAAGGCCUGGAGGACAGCUACGAAGGCCGUGUGUCCUUCCCAACUGGGAAGUUCACCAUCAAGCCCUUGGGGUUCCUCCUGUUGCAGAUCUCUGGGGACCUGGAAGACCUAGAGCCAGCCCUGAAUAAGACCAAGACCAAGCCUUCCCUGGGCUCAGGCUCCUGUUCCGCCCUCAUCAAGCUGCUGCCUAACCAGCAUGACAUCUUAGUUGCCCACAACACCUGGAACAACUACCAGAACAUGCUACGUAUCAUCAAGAAGUACAGUUUCCACUUCCAGGAAGGCCCCCAUGGGGACCCCCCCAUUCCUGGCAACAAGGUGGUCUUCUCAUCCUACCCUGGCACCAUCUUCUCCGGUGAUGACUUCUAUAUCCUGGGCAGUGGGCUGGUGACGCUGGAGACCACCAUUGGCAACAAUAAUCCGGCCCUGUGGAAGUACGUGCAACCCAGGGGCUGCGUGCUGGAGUGGGUGCGCAACCUUGUGGCCAACCGCUUGGCCUUGGAUGGGGCCAGCUGGGCGGAUAUCUUCAAGAGGUUCAACAGUGGCACGUAUAACAACCAGUGGAUGAUCGUAGACUACAAUGCAUUCGUCCGUGGCAGGCCCAACCCUGGGAGCGGGGUGCUCACCAUCCUGGAACAGAUCCCUGGCAUGGUGGUGGUGGCUGACAAGACCUCAGAACUCUACCAGAAGACCUACUGGGCCAGCUACAACAUACCGUCCUUUGAGAGUGUGUUCAAUGCCAGUGGGUUGCAGGCCCUGGUGGCCCAGUAUGGGGACUGGUUUUCCUACAACGGGAACCCCCGGGCCCAGAUCUUCCGGCGGAACCAGUCGCUAGUGCAUGACAUCGACUCCAUGGUCCGGUUGAUAAGGUACAAUGACUUCCUCCAUGACCCCCUGUCACUGUGUGAAGCCUGCAAUCCCCACCCCAAUGGGGAGAAUGCCAUCUCGGCCCGCUCUGACCUCAACCCAUCCAACGGCUCCUACCCCUUCCAUGCCCUGCGCCAGCGCUCCCAUGGGGGCAUCGACAUGAAGGUGACCAGCAUGUCACUGGCCAAGGCCCUGAGCCUGCUGGCAGCCAGUGGCCCCACAUGGGACCAGGUUCUGCCAUUCCAGUGGAGCACGUCACCCUUCAGCAGCCUGCUGCACAUGGGCCAUCCUGACCUCUGGAAGUUCUUGCCCAUCGAGGUCUUGUGGGACUGAGCUCCAUCCCUGCUCAGCUUCCUUCGUCCCUGCUGACCCCCAGCAGAUCCACCCCUACCUAGUGCCACCCCAACUCCUGCCCCACCCCUGGCUGGGGGGCACUGUGCCCUGCUGUCCCCUGAUCUGGGAUCUGGGUCUGCUGGGUUCCUUCUCGUUUGGGCGGCCUCAUCCCAGAGUGGGAUGGGGCUUAGAACUGGUUCUUGCUGUCUCCCCCACAGUGCAGGAGCGCCUUGUGGGCUCCCUUUGCUUCUCUCUGCAUCUCUUUCUCUCCUUCUCUCUCUCUUCUCUCUCCUUCUCUCUGUCUCUCUCCCACCUCUGGGGACCCCUCCUCAUGCUACUUCCUCCUGAGGGAUUGGGAGGGGUCCUGGGAUCAGGCUCCGGGGUCCCCGGUGGGGCAGAAUGAGCCUGUUCCAGUUACCACCUCCCAGCCCCACUCCCACUGGUGGCCCUGGAGCUGCUGAGGUUGCAGCCCUGGGACCUGGGUGUUUUCUCUGGUUGGUGUUGCUCAUCCUGGCCCACAGCCCCAGCCCCUCUGCUUCCUCUGCUCCCCGGGUCUCCCUUUCUGGGCAGCUUCCUGGAGGACAGAAACUUGAAAACAAACACAAACCAAAGUUUCUGGCCACUUGUGGCUGGAAGGUCCUGAGUGUCCUUCUCUCCCUGGGGCAGGUGGGAGUGUCAGCCCCCCCACGCUCCUGCCUCAUGCCCCCACCCCAACCUGGGCCUGCCCCUGGCCUCAGGGCAGUGCCCACAGAGCCUCUGCUGUAGGAGCCAAAUGACAGGGUGCCCCACCAUCAAACAAGAGAGGCUGUGGCCCCUGUACUGUGCUUCUUGGGGCUGCAGGGAAGGCUGGGUCGACACCUUUUCUCCUCUCAGGUUUGGUUCUGCACCAUCCACUACAUAUCCUCCAGUCUGUACUUCUGUCUGUCCAUCUAUCCAUUCACUUGUCUGCCAAGCACCCAUUGUCCAUCUGCAGUCAUCCGUCCAUCCAUCCACCCAUAUCAACCUGUCCAUCCACUUUUCAUCCAUCAUCUAUCCAUGAAUCCAUCAUCUGUCCAUCCAUCCACCCAUACAUUUAUCCACCCAUUCAUCCAUCUAUCCAUCUGCCCAUCCAUCCAUCCAGAUGUUUACUGAAAGCCUAUUAUAUUCUGGGUCCUAUUCUAGGGCUCUGUUAACCACCAAGACCUUCCUAAGUCCUACUGUGGGGCACAGACCAACACAAAACAGAGUCCUUCCCCAUCUGAUCUCACUUGCAGCGUACCUUGGAGACAGGACUCUCCCAGUGCUAUGUGCUUGGCAGGUGGAGGGGUGGGGGGAAAGGGGGUAAGCACACAGCUCUGGAGUCAAAGACCUGGGUUCCAGUCCUAUCUCUAACUCUUACUAGCUAUGGUCUCAACCACUCUGGGCCUCUGUUACCUUAUCUGUAAAGUGAGGUAAUAACGUGAGCAGCACUUCCUGGGGAUGUGAUGAGGAUUUACUGCAACGGGGGCUGUCACACAGCCCACAUGGGGCCUCACACACUUAACAUCGAUUCAAUUGCAAAUAUUUAUUGAGCCUUUAGUACAUACCAGGCACUGUUACGAGGUCCUGGGGAUACCUUAUAACAAAAGUUACCAAAAAAUCCCUGCUCUUGUGAAGUUUACAUUGGGGAGAUAGUAAACAAAAUAAAUAAGUACACAGUG